GUUAGGGGUAAACAAAAAUCAGUGAGAGGCGUUUAAGAGGAAUCGCUCUGCUGUGGCUUAAACCUUCACUUUUCAGCAAAAGAGUGACUUAUAAACCUGCUGACAGAGUAUGCUCUGUUAUCUGGGCAUAAAUACCGAAUUUUCGUUUAUUUCUAUAACUAAUUCUAGCACAUAAGCGUUGUUGCUCUCUUCUUUAGCUGUUUAUCUGGACAUCCGACGUUGCUUCUAGAGUUCCGCUAGAAAGUUGUUCUAAUUAAUUCGUCGGCGUAAAUCAUAUCAAGAUCCAGAAUUAUGCUUUUGAGGGACAAUUCUGGAGUGAAGGGCGGGUGAAGCAACAGCAGGUCACCUUCUGCAUCAAAUAAUAAGAGAAUUGCUGUGGGGGUGAUAGCAUCAGGUUGCCAUACUUACUGUUAGCUUUUCAGCGCAACGAGUAAUGGAUUUGAUUCAGAAGUUGCUGAAUAUAACACUUAUUCCAUCAACUUUCUUCGCCUUGCUUUUGCUUGUCCCUCCCUUUUAUGUGCUCAAGUUUUUAUCUUCACUCUUCAAAAGCUGCUUAAACCAUGAAUCCGUCGCCGGCAAAGUCGCCCUCAUCACCGGAGCCUCUUCAGGAAUUGGCGAGGAAUUGGCUUACGAGUACGCGAGAAGAGGAGCUCGUUUAGCCCUUGUAGCCAGAAGAGAAGAUCGCCUUCGUUCAGUCCUCGAUAAAGCUCUUCAACUGGGUUCGCCAGAUGCUAUGAUCAUUCCUGCUGAUGUUUCCAAUAUUGAAGACUCUCAGCGUUUCGUUGCCCAGACCGUCAACCAUUUUGGCCAAUUGGAUCAUUUGGUGAACAAUGCUGGGAUCGCUCAAGCCAAAUUUUUUGACGAAUUCUCUGAGAAGCUAUCUGAUCUGGCUCCAAUGAUGGACAUAAACUUCUGGGGUUCAGCGUAUGCUACACAUUUUGCAGUUCCACACUUGAGAAAGAGCAGAGGAAAGAUUGUUGUGAUUUCUUCAGCCGCAGCAUGGUGCCUCCCUCCAAGAAUGAGCUUCUACAAUGCAAGCAAAGCAGCAACCAUAAGCUUCUUUGAGACGUUGAGGGCUGAAUUCGGUCCUGAUAUUGGGAUAACUAUAGUGACUCCUGGGUUCACUAAGACGGAAAUGACAUCUGAUCAGCUUCUAGAACAGAUGGGCGUGAAAACUCUGCCAUUCGCAGUGCCACUUGAAUCUGCAGAAAGGUGUGCGAAGGCUAUAGUAAAGAGCACUUGUAGGGGUGACAUGUAUCUGAUUGAGCCAUCAUGGACGAGAACUUUGAUGUGGUUGAAGUGGUUUCUAGCUGCUCCAGUGGAUUGGUGUUUUCGCUUUCUGUUAGGCAAGCAUAGAGUUAUUCAUUAGCAGAAGCAUUGUCCAUGAAGGAAUGUUUAUUCACGUUAGAAUUUGAGCUUGAGUUUUCAGUUUUUAGUUUUGUAUCAAAGCUAAACUUGAGCGAACAUAGUGGGUAUCCUAUGGGCUUUUCACUGGUGGAGAUAAACAAGACAUGGACCUGACUUCUGUGCCAACCUUCAACUCCUCACAUACCGAAAUUUCAAUGAAGGUUUCAUUCGUAAUGGCUAUCAUCACCGGAGCCUCUUCAUUAACAACGAGCUUUUUUCCCAAAA